UGCAUCAGUGCAUUUUAAUAUACUUAUAGGACCUAUAGUGUUGACAAUUCCUCUUUUUUCAAGAUUAGUAGAUAUGAUUUGUCGAAAAGUCGAAAAACGAGAGACGCUUUGAAAAACUGAUGACCAGGAGGAGACGAGGGUGACGAUUACGAUGGUCGAGGUUGUGGAUCGGAGCGAUGACAGUUUGGAAGCCAAGUCACCACCAGCGUCAGUCGACAACAUGAAUAGUUCGCUGAAAAAUCGUUCGGAUGAGGUGACAGACUCUUGUCGCAGAUACCUGCACGAUUUAGCUGCUAGACCACGAGACGAUAGCACUGCCAAAGUUUAUAUAAAAAACAUCGAAAACUACUUGGACGAGUCAGACGCUCAUGAAAUAAAUGAGCGUGACUACAAUGGUCGCACGGCAUUACACGUGGCUGUCCAGCAGCGCAACGUUGACGCAGUAGUGGCUCUGUUGUUGUGCGGUGCUGACAUUAAUGUUGGUGACCUAAUGGGCAAGAGUUCAUUCACCUAUCUCCUCGACACCUUCCAGCCAAGCAGUUACAAAGGCAACUCGUUGUUUUUCACGUUGCAUGGCCACGUGCACAAGCUCCUGGCGCUUGGCCUCGAAGUCAGCGAGGAGAACAGAAGGUGCUACGGAGUGGCCAGAGUCAGACAUGCUUUCAAUGACAAACAGCUGCAGAUUGGAUACGAACUCGAGCUGGACAAGAUGAAGGACGUGAAUGUUGCCAGGGGAACGUCGUUGUGCGAUGUACUGUUCAAUGGUGCUCAAGCCAUAGCCACCUCUAUGCUCAAGAGGAGAACCCUGGAAGAGAUCAUUACAGCUAGUGAUUUUUACACAGAAUUUCCAAAACUUUGUUGUUUGAUCACGCUGCAGUACAGAAGAGGAUUGACCAGGAGAAAAAUGAUGGAGCCAGCUAAGGUGGCACUAGAGGAGGUGAUUGGAUUGAGUUUGCCGGAUCCUUGUACAGAGGGUAUUAUUUUGCAUCUAGGAGAGGACGAUUUGAUGAAUUUGAUCAUGGCUAGAACUAUGGGAACGUAACUUGUUGAGUGUUCUUGUGUUGUCUGGACUACCAAAGGAUUGUUUUCGUUAUACUUUGACGCUUGUUUGCUCUAAAUGUUUUUUUGUUUUGUUUUGUUUUUUUUUUGGUAAAGAAAUAAAAUGUUAAUGAUAAAACA